AUGGACUCGCUGCUCAAUGUGACAACUACCUACCUGUUUGGCUCUCAGACUAGGCCCCGUGUCAUCUCCACUCCUCUGUACCCCAUGAUGAGGGUCAACAGGUCCUAUAAAUACAUCCACUGUGGGUCUCGUCUGGGCUUCCGCCUCAAUGGCUCCAAAGGCAUCACCUCCUUUUGGCCAUCCUCCCGCCGGCCACGCAAAAACACCGGCCGGUCCGCGGACCAUAGUGUGUUAGCCAGCCUGGCUAGGUCAGCUAAUGGUCCUCGCAACGGCGUCAACUUCGGACUACUCAACGUCCGUUCGCUUACUGGGAAGGGUUAUCUUAUCCAGGAUAUCCUCAAAGACCAUUCCUUUGACAUCAGCACGCUCUGCUCCUAUUUUUCAGUGGAAAAAGUCAAUAAAAUCCACCAGGAUCUGGGCUCCUCUGUAUCCCUCCCCUUCUCCGACCUCGCCACCCCUUGUCAACUGUUAUCGUCUUUUCAACUCCCCCAUUCCUCAAUAAUCUCAGACUUCAUUAUCAAAUCCAAGACUUCUUCCUGUCAGCUAGACCCCCCUCCCCACAGUCCUGGUCAAAUCCUGCUUACCCUCUCUGCUUCCUUUCAUCUCAAUCAUCAUUCAUUCUUCAUUAUUCACUGGAAUUGUUUGUGUCCCCUUCAAAAUUGCAGCUGUCACUCCAUUCCCGAACAAAAAAACCCUGGUUCAGAUCCCAAUGAUUUCAAUAACCUACACCCCAUUUCUCACCUUCCUUUCAUCUCCAAAAUUCUUGAAAAAUUUGUUGCCUCUCAACUUCACUCCCACCUCACUUAUAACAAUCGCUCCGAACAAUUCCAGCCUGGUUUCCGUCCCCGUCAUAGUACAGAAACAGCCCUCUUAAAAAUCACUAACGAUCUUCUCAGGGUAGCAGAUUUAAUCUCCAUCCUGGUCCUCCUCAACCGGAGUGCAGGUUUUGACACCAUUUCUCACCCCACCCUCCUUCAUAGACUCUCCACCAUUGGCAUCACCCACACCCCACUAUGCUUCACUGGCCACUCUUAGUUCAUCCAACUCAACUCCUUCACCUAACAGUCCUUCCCCGUCUCUUCUGGUGUGCCCCAGGGCUCUGUCCUGGGACCCCUCCUUUUCUGUAUCUACCUUCUCCCCCUUGGUAAUAUCUUCCAGGGACACCAUUCACAGUUUCAUUGCUUCGCGGAUGACACCCAGCUCUACCUCUCCAGCAAACCCGACGCAUCCCUCCCACCCUCCUCUCUCUCACACUGCCUUUCAGAAAUUAAAUCUUGGUUCACACAUAACUUCCUCAAACUUAACAGUGACAAAACAGAACUCCUCCUCGUCGGUACCAAAUCCACCCUACACAAAACCAACAGUUUUUCUCUCACUAUUGAUAACUCCACUGUGUCCCCCUCCCUUCAGGUCAAGAGCCUGGGUGUCAUCCUCGAUAGCUCACUAUCGUUCCACUCUCAUAUCAAUAACAUAACCCGGUCCGCAUAUUUCCACCUACGCAAUAUCAACCGUCUCUGUCCCUCUCUCACCCCUCACUCCACUGCCAUCCUUGUCCACAGUCUCGUCACCUCCCGUAUUGACUAUUGCAAUUCACUUCUCNUUGGAGUCAGCCAAUCCUCCAUUAAGCGACUCCAGCUGGUCCAGAAUGCCGCUGCUCGCCUCUUGACUUGUACUCGUAAGAGGGAGCACAUAACUCCUACUCUGGCAUCCCUUCACUUGCUUCCUAUACAUUUUGGAGUUAUUUUCAAGAUCCUAUUAUUUGUUUUCAAAUCUCGAAAUGACCUCGCGCCACCUUACCUCUCUGAGCUCAUCCGCCCCUACACACCUGCCCGGCGCCUCAGAUCUGCGGACCAGACAUUAUUAGAAGUACCAAGAACUAAACUGAGGCUCAGAGGGGAUCGAGCCUUUUCUGUUGCUGGUCCCUCUCUCUGGAAUGACCUCCCACUGAACAUUCGGCAAGCCUCCUCGCUGCCCAUCUUUAAAACCCACCUCAAAACUCAC